AGGAGGACGCGGGUGGGGGGGGCGCGGUCAGUUUGAGCUUUUAUUCCCAAGAAUAUGGAGAGUUCGUGGCACGGACGUAGGAGGUAAUGUGAGCCUCUCCAAACUCCUGUGAGCUCCUGGGCGCUGCAUCCAACAGGGACGGCUCGAGUCUCUCGACCGAACUUGGACUGAAAACAUGACAUCCCGCCAGAAAGAGGGGACAAGAGGUCAAGACAGCCAAGUGCUGCCAAAGGUCCCGGUCCCCCCAUUGAAACAAACACUUGACACAUACCUGAAAUGCAUGCAGCACCUAGUGACCGAGGAGCAGUUCACGAAGACCACUACCAUCGUGGAGAAGUUCGGGGCUCCUGGAGGCGUCGGUGAAGUUCUCCAGAAGAAACUUUCAGAGCGACGGGACAAGACAACCAAUUGGGUCUGUGACUACUGGUUGGAGGACAUGUACCUGAACAACAGGCUGGCUCUUCCGGUCAAUUCCAGUCCUGCCAUGGUGUUUCCAAAGCAGACAUUCAGAGAUCAGAAAGAUGCCCUCAGAUUUGCUGCUCAACUCAUCCAAGGUGUGUUGGAGUAUAAGGCUCUUGUUGAUGCGAGAGCGCUGCCGCUGGAGUUUGCUCGAGGCCAACUUGCUGGGACUCCUCUGUGCAUGGAGCAGUACUACCGCCUCUUUAACUCCUAUCGUUACCCGGGGUUAAAGACGGACACGCUGAAGGUCCACAUGACUUUAGACUCCUCCGUGCUGCAGCACAUAAUUGUCGUGUGCAAGAGCCAGUUUUUUGUGCUGGAUGUGGUCGCAAACAACAAACAGCUGAGUGAGACGGAGAUCUUAUCCCAGCUGGAGAAGAUUGUGAAAAUGUCUGAAAAUGCGGAAGAGAGACACCCUCCUGUUGGGCUCCUGACAUCAGACGGCAGGACGGAGUGGGCGCAAGCAAGAGAGGCACUAACAAAAGAUCAAACCAACCGGGACUCUCUGGCGCUGAUUGAAAGCUGUGCAGGUGUGGUGUGUCUGGAUGAACCCUGCAAGCUUCAGCACAGUGAUACCAACAGGGCUCUGAUGAUGCUGCACGGUGGUGGUGCGGAAAAAAACGGUGCCAAUCGCUGGUAUGACAAGUCAAUGCAGUUUGUCAUAGGAAUGGAUGGGGUAUGCGGUGUGGUGUGUGAGCAUUCCCCAUUUGAGGGAAUAGUGAUGGUGGAGUGCUCCGAGUACCUCAUAAAAUACAUAAAAGGGAGUCCUUCCGAGGCGGUUAAGCGCUCCAGUGACAGACAGCUUCCACCUCCAAGAAGGCUGCUUUGGAAAUGUAGCCCCCACGUUCAAGGACUCUUACAAGCAUCAGGAGACAGACUUCAGUGGCUGGUGAAUAAUUUCGACAUGGAGGUUUUCACAUUCAAAACUUACGGAAAAGACUUCAUCAAGAAGCAGAAGAUGAGUCCAGACGCGUUUAUUCAAGUUGCCUUACAACUUGCAUUCUACAAAUGCAGGGGGAGGCUCGUGAACACGUACGAGAGCGCAUCAAUUCGUCGUUUCCAGGAAGGUCGGGUGGAUAACAUUCGCUCAGCCUCUGCUGAGGCCCUGGCUUUUGUGAAGUCCAUGACUGACGAAAAAGCAAAAUACACCGAUUCAGAAAAAAUGAAACGACUAUGGAAUGCAAUUAAGGCCCAGACAGAUUACACGAUUGCUGCUAUAACAGGAAUGGCAAUCGACAAUCACCUCCUUGGACUUCUGAAGACUGCAAAGGAGCUGAACAUGGAGAAACCAGAGAUGUUCUGCGAUGAGACGUAUCUGACCAGCAACCAUUUCAUCCUCUCCACCAGUCAGGUUCCAACAACACUGGAAAUGUUCUGCUGCUACGGCCCGGUGGUGCCCAACGGCUACGGCGCCUGCUACAACCCACAGUCCGACCACAUCAUCUUCAGCGUGUCGAGCUUCUGGGAGAACACGGAGACGAGCUCGGCUGUAUUUGUCAAAGCUCUCAACGAGGGCCUAUUAGAAAUCAAAGACCUGUGCAAUAGAAGCGACGCUGCGGCCGCCAAAGCGACUAAUGGCAGCCAGGCUGCCAACAAGCCUCAUAAAUCAGGAAAGUAAGCUACACUAAGAGAGCACGCUUACCCACCUGCUUCACUCGGUAGUCUUAGAUUUACAGUCAGUAGCUUAGAUGCCUUCGUGUAGUUUGUGCAAUAGUUAUAAAAAGCCUUAAAGUGACUGGGUAAUUACAUAUAUACGUAAAUAUUUAAACAGAUAUAACUAUGGUGGCCCUAAGAUGUAAAUGAACAACAUUUGAAAAAACGGAAUCGCA